CGAGCGUGCCCCGUGUUCGUGUUUGAGUGCACACGACACCACAACUGCGCUGGAGAAGCGGCGGCUGCCCCUACGUUUGCGUGCGCCCUCGACAACGAAACUGUUCACACAGACAGUCCAAUUCUUUGAUGAAAUAAGUGCAACACAGAGGAGAGAGGGACUGUAGGGUCGGUAUUUUGGGAUCGAUCCGCCCACCCUGAAAGUCAGAGAGUGCCCGGCUCGUCUUGUUUCCCGAGUCGCAAAUGUUAAAAUUGGGCAUAUCACUCAAAGGGCUUCCUCCAUGAAUGCUGCUGUCAUCUGGGCCCAUCUGCAGCUGUGCUCAGGCUCCAGUUAAACAUGUCUUCGUCAUAUGCUGCCGCUAUAUCGGCCCUCCUCUCAACCAGCUCUUCUAAACCCGUCAAACCCAGCCCUCACCCCUUCCCAGGCACAGCGAGGAGUUCUAAACCCUCCCCCCAGCCCAUCAAACCCCCUCACCAUCCUCCAGCUGUACAGAUACAUCCUCAAGCUCCUGAGGCUCUGGGAUCUUAUGAGGAGCAACAGGAGAACCCUGAAGACUAUGGCAUAGGUGGGUAUUACCUCGUUGAGAUUGGAGAGAUUUUUGUUGACCGUUACCAAGUGGUCAGAAAGUUGGGAUGGGGUCACUUCUCUACUGUGUGGCUCUGCUGGGAUAUGGUGAAGAGGCGUUUUGUGGCACUGAAGGUGGUGAAGAGUGCUCAAACAUUCACAGAGACGGCACUGGAUGAGAUCAAACUUCUGAAAUGUGUAAGGGACAGCGACCCCAAAGAUCCUAAACGCGAGAGGAUUGUGCACCUCAUCGAUGACUUCAGGAUCUGUGGAGCGAACGGAGAGCAUGUGUGCAUGGUUCUGGAGGUGCUUGGCCACCAGCUGCUGAGGUGGAUCAUCAAAUCCAACUACACUGGCCUCCCCCUGCCCUGCGUUAAGAGCAUCCUCACACAGGUGCUGCAGGGUUUAGAUUACUUGCACACUAAAUGCAAGAUCAUCCACACUGACAUCAAGCCGGAAAACAUCCUCCUGAGAGUGGAGGAGGUUUAUAUAGAGAAACUGGCGGCCAACACCAAGCUGUGGCAGCUGCCAGUGUCCCCUUCCAUCAACAGCUCCCCAGUAAACAGAGGCUCCAGAGAAAAGCAGAGUUUGUCCAACUUUUUGGGGAAGCUGACUGGAGUUUUCCACACUCUUGGGGAGUGGUCCAGGAAGGUCUCAAGGAGCCGAAUUAACCAAGUGACGAGGAAAGACAGGAGUCGACGAGGUCAGGAGAACGCAUCUGACCACAAAGAAAGAGACAAACCUCUUGUGUCAUCUUCUGACGCCAGUCCUCCCUCUAGCACCCAUAGCUCCACCUGUCACUCUAAGCUCACAGGUCCUGACCUCCUGUUAAGGAGGCAGACCCUGCUGUUGGAGGACAGACUGGACUUGGCUCCGCACAGCCACAGAGACUCCCUCUGCUCGUGGCCAGACCUCAACACAGAUGCUCCUGUUUCCGGCUCUAGAUCAGUGUUGUUACAUCAGACUGCAGACAAAGAGCCACCCCCACCUACACCAUCCUCUCCCCAUGGCAUCAGUGACUCUGACGUACUGUUGGACCUACUGAAGCCACAGAAUGCUGAUAAAAUCCUCAUCAAGAUUGCUGACCUGGGCAAUGCCUGUUGGGUGCACAAACACUUCACUGAAGACAUCCAGACAUGUCAGUACCGUUCUGUGGAGGUCCUGAUUGGUGCUGACUACAACACUCCAGCUGAUAUCUGGAGCACCGCCUGCAUGGCCUUUGAGCUGGCCACAGGGGACUAUCUGUUCGACCCCCAAUCAGGAGCCACAUUCUCCCGAGCGGAAGAUCACAUUGCCCACAUCAUUGAGCUGCUGGGACCUCUCCCAUCCCAGUUUGCCCUCUCAGGGAGAAAUUCCAAGCGAUACUUCAACCGUAAAGGACAACUGCAACACAUCUCAAAGCUCAAGCCAUGGAGCUUGUUUGAAAUCCUACGAGAUAAGUACGAGUGGCCGCGGGAGGAAGCUGUCCAGUUCAGCUCUUUCCUCUUGACCAUGUUGGAGCUGCUGCCAGAGAAAAGAGCCACAGCUGCCCAGUGUCUGAAACACCCCUGGAUCGCCUCCUAGACAAACCAGCCCUGUAUCGUUCAGAGCCCAGGGGACUAGCUCUCUGUUCAGGAGCAGACUCAGACAUAUCGGAUGUGACAUGGGACUUGGGUCGGCUGUGGGAGUAGUCUGGUGCUGGCAUCAUGAGCACAACUUUCAUAAAUAUUUAUUAGCCUGACUAAGAGCCUUUCCCCAGUUGGAUUGCUUGGAUUAAACGGCCAUCACAUCUAAUUCAGGCACAGCAAUGACCAAAGAGAAGUUUUGUCUUACUGGAAAAUUGCCUUUUAAACAUGAUCACAAAGUUCUUGAAUUUCAAUAAACUGACAUGAGAUUGCUUUUA